UCUGACGGAAUUCAUUGCAGUGAGAGCAGAGAAUCCAAUAAGAAAAUAUCAAAGUAUUUUCGCAAAGCCGCGGAUAUUGUGCGUUUUUAUAUGGAAAACGAUAAGUGAAAUGCAAGGAAUUUAAAACAUUUCCAUGCGAUAUUUGUAAAAAACUAUCACAGUUACGGUAUGUAAAAAUAUAAACGAGCGGUUGCGUACAUGUGAAGUGCUAAAUAUCGUGUUAGCAUAAAGUUUUAAUUUACAGUGUCUACAGACUGUAAAAGCCCAUAUUUGGUGAAGUGAAGAAAAGCCAUAAUCGUGAAAAUAACCUAUGCGGCGGAAAAUUGAUGGAAAACAAGUUUUAAUAUUGUGCAUAACUUGCAAAAGAAAAAAGAACCGGGCUUGUAGUAAAAAGAGGCUGAAGUUGGCAAACUAUAUUGAAAGCAAGAGAAAAAAUUAGAAAAGUGUAAAAGCAAAAGUAAUCUAAAUCUUGAAAGAUUUCAAUUCUCAGCUUGUGCUUUUACUUUGGCAUGCAUAUUUUACACGUUGCGUCGUUUUGGAUAAUAACUCAAAAUUGAAUUGAGCUACUUACGGUUGCAUUACUUUUGAAGGGUUCUUAAAGGAGAUUUUCGUUAAACAAACGCAGUUGAAAGUUCUCUAAGUUUUAAGUGUAACUUCUGAGUGAGCUCCAAAAGCAAUAAAUAUAUUUCCAUGUAUUUGUUCUAAAUUUUGUUCAUUGAUGGUGAUAUACUUGUGCGCGCAUUCGCUGCAACGCCGACGAAUUGUUCACAAUUAAAUACAAGCUGGCUGAUCAACUGGGCUGCACAAAUAUAUUUACACGACAAUUCCUAAUUCAUUCCGACAAUUUUCGUGACCACCGUCAUAAUAAAUAACAAAUAAAUACAACGUGCGCAUAUUUAGCGAUUUUCGCACAAAAUCUUCAAAGUGCUCCGCGAAGGACUGCAUCGUUGCCUGGCCACUGGCUAAAUUGCAUAAAACUAAAGCAAAAUAGUAACUAAUUGGAUUUGCAACAGCUGCUUUGCGCUGUUAAAGUACGCUAAUACAAAUUUGUUGAUUGUUUUUGCAGCUCGUGAAGUUUUGUUAUUGUUUUAUCAAACGUCAACGUCACAUUCACUAUAAUGGCUGACUUUGAUCUAAAUGUGGAUAGCCUCAUACAGCGGCUACUUGAGCUGCGCAGUUGUCGUGCCGGCAAAUCCGUACAAAUGUCCGAGGCCGAAGUGCGUGGUCUCUGCCUAAAAUCACGUGAAAUUUUUCUACAACAACCCAUUCUACUGGAACUCGAGGCACCACUUAUCAUAUGCGGCGACAUACACGGCCAGUACACGGACUUGCUGCGUCUUUUUGAGUAUGGCGGUUUUCCGCCAGCAGCCAAUUAUCUCUUCCUUGGCGACUAUGUUGAUCGGGGUAAACAGUCGUUGGAGACUAUUUGCCUACUGUUGGCCUACAAAAUUAAAUAUCCGGAGAAUUUCUUCUUGCUGCGCGGCAAUCACGAAUGCGCCAGUAUUAAUAGGAUCUAUGGCUUCUACGACGAAUGCAAACGCCGCUACAAUGUGAAAUUGUGGAAGACCUUCACAGACUGCUUCAAUUGCCUACCCGUUGCCGCUAUUAUCGAUGAGAAGAUUUUCUGUUGUCACGGUGGUCUGAGUCCUGAUUUGCAGGGCAUGGAACAGAUACGUCGCCUUAUGCGUCCAACUGAUGUACCCGAUACCGGCCUGUUGUGCGAUUUGCUGUGGAGUGAUCCCGAUAAAGAUGUGCAGGGUUGGGGUGAGAAUGAUCGUGGCGUGAGUUUCACAUUUGGCGUGGAUGUGGUGUCGAAGUUCUUACAUCGGCACGAACUGGAUCUCAUCUGUCGAGCGCAUCAGGUCGUCGAAGAUGGCUACGAAUUCUUUGCGCGCCGCCAACUGGUCACACUAUUCUCGGCGCCAAACUACUGCGGUGAAUUCGAUAAUGCUGGCGGCAUGAUGACUGUGGAUGAUACGCUAAUGUGCUCGUUCCAGAUCCUCAAACCAUCCGAGAAGAAAGCGAAAUACUUGUACAGCGGCAUGAAUUCGUCGCGACCAACAACACCACAACGCAAUGCACCGCUAAUAGCAUCGAAUAAAAAGGGCAAAUAAUAUAUCCAUCCACUUCCAUUUCCUUAAAAGUUAAUUAAUUACUAUAUAAAAUUAAAAUUCGAAAAUAUAAAUGAGAAUGCAAACAAGCAAAACAAUGAAAACUGUAACAACAAAAAACCACAGAAUAAACAGAAAAAGCAAACGAAGCGCGCUAGCAGCAAGUAAGGAUAAAAAAUAAAAAUAAA